UUACAGUAGCAUGACCUUUGUGUUUGCGGUAGUGCACCAAACUACUUAAGCUGCUAUCACUUUGACAUCGUAAUCAGAUGCAGACAGGGUUAUCGAUAACCCUAGACCAGACGGACAAGACAUUCGAUCGGAUGAAAAGACUGCGAUGAGUUAGUGAAUCUGUAAAGACAUGCUGGAUUUUAAAUACAUAUGGAAUAUUUAUUGGAUCAGUUAAUUAGUUUGCAUCUUCGGCGUUUUCUCAACGUCACUUGACGCUAGCAGAGUGGGUCGCGUACGCCGAAACGCCUUUCAGAUGUGUCACAUGAUCAACCAGCAGUACACGGGCCGCUCAUGUCUCAGCUUCAACCCGUACGGCUGUUUCUGUGGGUAUGGACAGAGGGGGAGUCAGACUGUGGAUGAUGCGGACAGAUGUUGCAAGGCCCACGACGAUUGCUACGGGGAAGUCCACACGGAGCAUCACAUCAGCUUCUGGGGCGGCCUCUUUGUGGGAUACAACCACCAGUGUACCGACACCGACUGUGUGUGCAAAGACGAGGCGAAGUGUGCCAGGAAGGUUUGCGAUUGUGACCUGCAGCUAGCCAAGUGUCUCGGCAAGUCAGAGUUCAAUCCCCAGUACCAGCACUACGAUCGCAGCCAGUGCGUCUGAUGAGUCCGUCACGUGACUUUUCUUUGCGUUACAUGGAUUCUCUUUGCAAUCUCUAACUGUUUUACAAAAACAUCGGCAUUCAAUAUGAUGUAUAUAACGUAUACGAACAAUUCUGAUACCUGUAAUUGGAUUCAGGAUUUGCGUUAUACGUUUGUACAUUGAUGUAUAGUCCAGGAAUGUACUUUUGGCAAGCAUGGUCAACAGUGAAAUGUUUGUCAAUCGAUACGAUAUUUAUGCAUUGAUAAAUUACGUUGUGUUACACUAUAUAAAGGAUAAAGUUGUCCUUGAUAGAUCUGCCCUAUACUUUACACCUUGUUGCUUUUUCUCCUAACUGCACAGCCUGCGUUCUAGUGGGCUUAUUCGCUUUUCAAAAGAAUUAUGUAUAAACAUUAUAUUUAUGAUCAUUAUUUUUUUGUUAUAUAUAUCUAGCUGUCCCUUUAAAAUGAUGACGACUUAUCACCACACACGUGCUGUAGCAAGUGUUUUUUUCUGUGUAAGACAUUGAUGAAGUAAUGAUAGUAAACGAUGUCUGCCAUUUAUAUUAAAAAUAUUAAACAAUCUGGCAUUGAUUAUUUCAAUAAAUGCGUAU